CUGAGCCGGCUUCCAAUGACAGAGCGGCAUAAAGGUGGCUGGGAGAAAGGGCAGGUGUUCCUGAGUAGUGUUUAGACAGCCGUCCAAAGUAAAAGACACUUGAAGAGUUUGAUACUUGUUGGCACAAGUGGGUUGAAAGGCUGCAGGCGGUGUGUGUUCGUGUAUGUGUGUUUUUAAAGGAGUUAGCUAGUUAGACAAAAGGAGGGAGAGAGGAAAGAAAGACCCGAGGUGGCUUUCUGUUCAGAGAGCUUUUCAAAGUUCUCAGCUUGGUGUGUGGGCAGCACCAAAACAUGUUUAGGAAGUCUCCUGUGCCGACAAUCUCUAAUGGCAGCUACCUGCAGGGGCAUUCAAAUGGCACAUUGCCCUCUGGCUUACACACCAAGGCGGCCCAGAGAGAGAAAGUGGUGCUGAAGAAGAAAGUGACUUUGCUGAGAGGGAUAUCCAUUAUAAUUGGCACUAUCAUUGGAGCAGGGAUCUUUAUAUCUCCCAAAGGAAUCCUCGAGCACACAGGCAGUGUGGGCUUAUCUUUGACGGUCUGGACUGUCUGUGGCAUCCUGUCACUCUUUGGUGCUCUCUGUUAUGCUGAACUAGGCACAAGUAUCAAGAAGUCUGGUGGACACUACACUUAUAUCCUUGAAGCCUUUGGCCCAUUGCCUGCAUUUGUAAGAGUUUGGGUUGAACUGCUGGUUAUACGACCUGCUGCCACAGCAGUCAUAUCAUUGGCAUUUGGACGCUAUCUGCUGGAACCAUUUUUUAUGCAGUGUGAAAUCCCAGACCUUGCAGUUAAACUGAUUACAGCUGUGGGAAUCACAAUUGUCAUGGUCCUGAAUAGCAUGAGUGUCAGCUGGAGUGCCCGCAUCCAGAUUUUCUUAACCUUCUGCAAGCUCGCAGCAAUUUUGAUAAUUAUAGUCCCUGGAGUUAUGCAGCUAAUUAAAGGAGAAACUCAGCACUUUAAAGAUGCAUUUGUGGGAAAUGCAGCUAGCGUCAAAGGACUGCCUCUUGCUUUUUAUUCUGGAAUGUAUGCCUACUCAGGAUGGUUUUAUCUCAAUUUUGUCACUGAAGAAGUAGAAAACCCUGAAAGAAAUGUCCCUCUUGCCAUUUGCACUUCAAUGGUUAUUGUCACAGUUGGGUAUGUUUUAACCAAUGUGGCCUACUUCACAACUCUCAGCCCUGCAGACCUAUUAAUUUCCAAGGCAGUGGCAGUGACAUUUGCUGAACGUUUAAUGGGAAGUUUUUCUUCCGCUGUUCCCAUUUUUGUUGCACUCUCUUGCUUCGGGUCUAUGAAUGGGGGCAUCUUUGCUGUCUCCAGGAUGUUCUACGUGGCGUCCCGCGAGGGUCACCUUCCAGAAAUUCUCUCCAUGAUUCAUGUUCGCAAGCACACUCCUCUACCAGCUGUCAUUGUUUUGCACCCUUUGACUAUGAUCAUGCUUUUCACCAGUGAUCUCUACAGCCUUUUGAACUUCCUCAGUUUUGCAAGGUGGCUUUUUAUAGGAUUGGCUGUUGCUGGGAUGAUUUAUCUCCGAUACAAACGCCCUGAUAUGCCUCGUCCUUUUAAGGUGCCACUCUUUAUUCCUGCUCUGUUUUCCUUCACCUGCCUCUUCAUGGUUGCAUUGUCACUUUAUGCUGACCCUAUCAAUACAGGCAUUGGCUUUGCAAUCACACUGACUGGUGUUCCUGCCUACUACCUCUUUAUCAUAUGGGACAAGAAGCCAGCAUGGUUUAAGCAGCUCUUAGACCGAAUAACAUCAACUUUGCAAAUAAUUUUGGAAGUUGUUCCAACAGAAGAGAAUUCAAGAACAUGAUAUUUUACUGAUGGAAAAAAACAGUGUUCGGCAAACAUCCAGAUUCUUCAUCAUCUAAGAAAAAUGCUCUCUCAACUUUUCUGGAAAACAUGGAAAAUAAUGAGCAUCGGUUUUAAACAGAUACUUGAUAAGAACUAUAUAUGGAACUGUUUUAUGGUGUCAAAAGUUUUUUUUAUAUGUGGUUAUUUGAUACUCUAGAUAUAGGCAAUGGUCUUGAAUGGAGAAGCUAUAAAAUCUUUGUGGAACAAAGUGUACCUUUUCCUUUUAUGAGGCCAGAGUCAAUGUGAUAUUUACAAUAUUAUGUCAUAUAAGGGAUCUAGUCUUCCAUUUUGAUGGAUUUAUUAUAUUGUAAAAGAACAUUUGUUUUAAAAAUGUUCAAGAUAACUAGAAGUAUAAGGUGGGUGAUGUGUGCAUUUGUUUAUUGGGUCUGAAGGAAGGCAGGAGUAAAAAUGUAAUACCAUUACAAAACUACUCCUUCCUUUUUCAUUAUC